UUCAGCGUUUUAUAAUACCGAUACUAUAUCAUUCGAUGAUGUUAAAUAAUUAUGUUCACUAAAAAUACAAUAAAGGUUUUAGGAAUUAACACCUAUUUAUUAUACUUUAAUGGUGGUCACAGUAAAAAUACAUGGAAAUAAUUGAAAUUACAUACACAGUCGUCAACAUAGUGGGCUUGCACAUACGAUUUUUGCAACAUAUACGAGAACAUAACACACAGUAUGAUUAUUUUGGAUGGUUUUCGUUAGAAAACAUAAUUCCAUAUAUAUUUCUGUUAUUCUAUUUUUGUGGAAUUUAAUAUUAUUCAAAAUGUGAAAAAUUAUAAUUACAAAUAAACAAAUAAAGAAUGGGAAUUAAGCGUCUAAAUAAAAGCACUUGUUUAAACCUCUCGCUACGUUUAUUUAAUUAAAUACCUAAACAAUUUAAAUUUACAUAAGAGUUGAUAUGGGCCGUUGAAUUGUUCGAAAAUAAAUGCACACCCACUUAUAACACGUUUACCACAAACAUUGCUCUGGUAGUUAUUUCAAGAAUUUUGACUUGAGCAAGGUGUGCGUUUUACGGAAAAGAAUCAACACCCGGAACUGUGUGUGUGGGUCUUUCUGUUUCAUGUACCAAUUAUUUAACUCUGUAUAUUAGAAAUGACUUUGUUUUACUGUUAAAUAUCCUAAGAUUUGCCUGUACUGCAUUUGCCACCCAGUUUAUAAAAAUAUCAAGCGUUCACUUAACAAGAUUUACGAUGGGAGGUACGUGGGAAAUCGAAAGUUAAACGUGUGUAUGACAUCAAGUGGCGCUGCGCAUACAGAUAAGAUAUGACAUCACAGUACCGCGAGAGCUAUGCUUUCGAAUCCCUCUCGCGGUACAGUAAUGUCAUACGCCGCUUGAUCUGCGCAGCCUCGUAUGAAGAUGAGCAGACCUACAGACUGUAGCUACUGUUUCGUGCUAAAUUCAGUAUGGCCAAUUGAAACUUGCAUAGUUUAUGUAAAGACGGGAACGGUUUACAGUCUACAUAAUAAUCACUGGAUCACACCUUUAAAGGCAGAAGUCAAUUCAAAAAGCACACUAGGGAGAACUAAUAAAAAACGAUCCUGAAAUAUAUUCCUUACUAAUAAUGGAGGACAAAUCAAACUGUUCACAAAGUCAUACCUGCUCAGGAGAGCCAUCUGUGAGCAGUAAUGGCAAUGUUUCUUGUCCUGUGGACAUUAAAGUUGAAGGUAAAACUGGAAAGAAGAAAAAGAAGAAAAACAAACAAAGUGGUUCAUGCCAAAAGAAAACAGAUUCUGAAUGUUUUGGCAACACAGUUAAAGAUCAACAGAUGCCUAAGCAGAACAAAAACAGGUCUGCAGGAUCAAAGCAAGAAAAAAACAAGAAUGCACAGCAUACAUCAGCUAGGUCUACCUGCGACCAGUCCACCCAGACAGAGUCGUCCCAGACCCACUCUGUCCAAACGCAGUCAACUCAAACUCCCCCAGACCAGAGUACACACUCACCAGCAACAGAAUCCAAGCCAACCCAGACAAUCAAGUCCAGCUUUCCCUUACACCAGGCAUAUUGGGGAGAAUCUUCCAUGGAUGUGUCUGCUACUGAACAGAAAACUCAGUCAUGUUCCACAAGCAACCAGCUGACUGUCAUCUGUUGGAACAUAGAUGGCCUGGAUCCAGAAGAUGUUAUUCCUCGAUGUAAAGGCCUGCUGUCACACUUAGGAAAGUACCGUGCAGAUGUGGUAUUGUUACAGGAGCUGGUUCCCCCAUAUUUGAAGCAAUUGCAGAACAUUAUGAAAGAUUACGAGUUUCUGCAAAGCAGUCAGGAGGGCUAUUUCACCGGCAUUUUGCUCAGAAAGGACAGAGUGCAGUUACUUGAGAGCAACAUUGUAAAGUAUCCAACCACUGAGAUGGGUAGAAAUCUUCUAAUAGCAAAAGUUAGCAUUUCAGGCCAUCCAUUGUGCAUUAUGACAUCUCACCUGGAAAGCUGCAAGGCCAGCUCGCAGGAACGCUUAAACCAGCUACGCAGAGUCUGGAAAUGGAUGAAAGAGGCACCGCAGGACCAUACAGUUAUAUUUGGAGGAGAUACCAACCUUAGAGAUUGGGAGGUGAAAAAGCUUGGGGGGCUCCCGGAUGGUAUCUACGACGUGUGGGAGAUGCUGGGGGAACCGGAAGAAAGCAGAUACACCUGGGACACGUCCAUCAAUGAUAAUAACGACAUCCCGAAUUCCAUACGUCUACGAUUUGACCGGCUUUUCCUCAGGCCAGCAGCAGAAGGUGCACGGCUACAGCCUGAAACAAUGACCCUGAUUGGUCUGGAGAAGCUGAAGUGUGACUAUUUCAUCAGCGAUCACUGGGGCAUCCUUUGUACAUUGUUAUUUGGGUCGGCAUAAGAACAAUGUUUUGUUUUUAUGGCCUGUACAUAAUUUUAACGAAAUGGCUCUGUAUCAUAAGCUCAUUUUAAAGAAGUCAUUGCUGGUAAAUGAUCUUUGGGUUUGUCCAAGAACUUUUGAACUCUAGUUUAAACAUUAGCAUAUUUGCUCUGAAAUAAUAAUUUAUGGACAUCUGGCAAAAUAAAAUAAUAAUAUGUA